UCUGUUUUGUCCAUGCGAAUACAUUUUGAAGUUUAAAAUAACUCUAAUCUCUUUUAUAUUCUGGACUCUGGACCACCCUUCCUAAAUCCCGAUGUUGUAGCUUGAAUUGGUAUUAUUUUAGUUUACAAUUGCAGUUUUGGCAGCUGUUGAAGACUUGACAGAGAGGAGAGUCAAGCGUUCUGGCUCUCCGUAUUCCUGGGCUGGCUGUCUUGCGGUAGAAAUUGUUAGCGUGUUUUUACAGACUGCAUUACCGCAGAAAAAUGGCUAGCCCAGCUGAGACUGCCAGCGAUAAGUGUAAGAACUUGUAUGCCUAUCUCAAAUCCCUCCCGGGCAGCUUAUUGGAUAGCUUGUACAAGCAUCCCUGUCCGUGCAUGGCGGUAUUUCGGGAUUUGCCGCCGAUGGCGCAGAAGUUUGUGCUGCGGCAGCUCUUUAUCGAACAUGUUCUGCCGAAAUCCACCGUGUUGUCCUGGGUGACUCCCGAAGGAAAGAAGGACCACGAUGAUGCACUGAAAGUCUUGACGGAAUUGAAAAUCUGGACAGAAGCCCCUUUACCAUCGGGCUCUAUGGGAUGGAAGCUGAGCGAUGAUUUUCGCGAAGGUAUUCAGGCUGUUGUCGUUGGUGGACGAACGUCGUGGAGCGGAGACGAUAAACCCACGGAAGAAGAAGCCGUGCCACGGGAUGCCAAGUUUUUGGAAGCAUACGCACAGGAGAGAUGGGAGACCGUUCUACAUUUCCUUGCUGGACUGGGAUCCAGCAAAGUUUCCCUUGACACUUGCGAAGUGCUCACAAAUGCGGGAUUGUUAAAGAAGCCGGACUCGUCACGGGAAGGAGACAUUACGCACGACGGCUUCCGUUUCUUAUUAAUGGACACUCCAACACAGAUUUGGAAUUUUAUCCUGGCUUACCUUCAGUCGGUUCAGAAAUGGAACAUGAAUCUAGUGGAGUGUAUUGCAUUUAUCUUCCAGCUGAGUUUCUCACAAAUUGGGAAGCAUUAUUCCUCUAAUGGUCUUUCGCAAAACCAGUUGCGUACAUUGCAACAUUUCCGAGAGUAUGGAUUGGUUUAUAUGCGCAGUAAAAAAUCUGCGAGAUUUUAUCCUACAAAUCUAGUUGUGAAUCUGAGCGUGGGAGCAGCGCGCAGCACCGGUGCUUUUAGUGAAGGCUAUUUGGUUGUGGAAACAAAUUAUCGGGUUUAUGCUUAUACGGAUUCACCUCUAAAGAUCGCGGUUGUGAGCUAUUUUUCAGAAAUGAUGUACAGAUUCCCGAAUCUUUCAAUGGGAAUGAUAACUCGAGAAAGUAUUCGAGCGGCCCUGGCGAAAGGAAUUUCCGCGGAUGAAAUUAUAAAGUUUCUUCGCAUGCACGCCCACCCGCAGAUGCGUGAGAAUAAUCCCAUCCUGCCGGCCACGCUCACAGACCAGAUCAAACUGUGGGAAAUGGAACGUGAACGCGUGGAGUUCUCGGAAGGAACAAUGUACAGCCAGUUCAACAGUCUAAACGAUUUCGAGCGCCUGCGGGAUUACGCUAAAGACCUAGGCGUAGUGAUGUUCACCAAUAAUGAAAAACGCGUGAUUAUUGUGUCGCCUGAAGGGCACGAACAGGUGAAAGCUUUCUGGAAGCGGCAAAAAAAUGCCUAAUGAGUGUGUUCGGGUGAUGUUAUCUGAGCUUAUCUCUAUUUUGAUGCUGUGAUACACUUGUUUGGUUUUUUACAAUCACUUCGACCAUCUUCAAUAAGCUAUUUUUUAAAAAUAAUUCGAUUUUGGACGGGAAAGUUUUUGCAGAAUUUGGCAAAAAGAGUAUUGCUUCGCUACCAGGUGUUGUUGCUGCCUUGGUUCAAUGCACCAGGCAGUUCUGAUUUCCCGAUCCCGUACGAGAUCCCAGUGUCAACCUGCAUAAAUUAACCGUUGCGGUCACAACACGCCUUUGUAACCGCAACGAUUCCUCGCUUUCUACAGAAGUUAAUGCGAUGGAAGUAACACAACUUGCAUACCAUUACUUUACAGUUUACACGCAUAUUUAUAUU